AUGGCACCGUGGCCUCAGGAUACUGACGCAUUGCAUUCGCCUGCUGCAUCUUUUCCAGAGGUCAUCGUUGCCCGCGUGAUCCCGGCUUACGACCGCAUCCCCAACGGUCUGACUGACCGGCAAUGGACAAUCAUUCAAUCUACGUCGCUAGCAGUCGCCGCCUUGAGCUUUGCAUCCGUCACUCUCGCCUUUUAUUGGUUUUCUCGCAUGAGGCGAAGCUUCAGACAUGAUCUUAUCAUGCUGCUCAUGUCGAGCGACAUGCUCAAGUCCUUAUGGUUCAUCAUAUUCCCCAUCGUCGACUUCAAGACCGGUUCGGUUGCAUCAGAAUCAUCUUUCUGCCAAGCGAGCGGCUUCUUCCUCGCCGUCGGUAUAGAGGCGUCUGACAUCGCUGUUGUUCUCAUCGCCCUCCAUACCGCGAUCUAUAUCUUCCGCCCGCGACACUCCGGACGCCAGAGCGGUCUCUAUCCACACCGCCGUCUUGCGUUCAGCGCCUUUGCCCUCUUCCCGCUUUUGAUGGCUUCUCUGGCCUUCAUCAGCUGGCCCGGCUAUGUGAACAAUGGCGAGUACUGUUACUUACCAGUCCGUCCCGAGUGGCCGAGGCUUGCCCUCAGCUGGGUCCCCCGCUACAUGAUUCUUCUCACCAUUGUUGCGCUGUACGCCUACAUCUACAUCUACGUCACGCUACGCAUGCGGCGAUUCGGUCGCCUCAGCGCCAUGAGACGCGCGAGCGCAACACAAAUACCGGAUGACGGACAUUGGGCUCACAUCCCCUCGGUGCCCGCUACUCCUACGUCUCGUCGUGGAUCCGAGACCUCGAUGGAGGACGCAGACCGGCACCGUACCUCGUCCACUGCCACCACGAUGACGGCCGAGAUCGAGCUCUUGCACAGUCGGCAAAAGAUAUCGUGGAACUGGCCGGCGUACGGCGCUGCUGACGAAAGCCGGAUCCCUGUACAGGAGGAGGUGCUUUCGCCUCGUGCGUUGGAACCUAGCGGCAGUCCCCUCUCAGCAACUUUCGGUCCCAUCUCGCCGCCCCCCCAGAGCUACAUUCGCCGCGACACCGUCGACCUAAGUCCGCCUGACCAUCAUUACCAACAACAACAAGCCAGCUUCAGCUCGCACUGGCAGCCAAUGAAUAGCCCGACAAGUGCCCGCGCCAAGUCACUGGCCAACAUUUGGUCAAUACUACGCCGAGGCACAUCCCUUGACUCGGACCCCGAGCACAACGCAACGCCCUUUCUCUUCCACCCGACCAUGGACGGCACGGGUAUGGCAAAAACACGCGACAAGAUUCGCCGCCAACUGCGACUGCUUUUUGUAUACCCGCUUGUGUACAUCUUGAUCUGGGCGGUCCCCUUUGUCGCGCAUGUCAUGCGCUGGGACAGCCCAGAGGAGACCGGCCCCUUUGCGGUUGUCUUACUAUCACUGGUGAGCCUUUCGAUACAAGGCCUCGUGAACUCAUGUCUGUUCUGCGCCGUGGAGAAGCCUUGGAUCGAUAGGAAGGCAAAGUACAGGAGAGCACCGUCAAAGACGCGUCAAGAUAAAGAUGAAAACCGGUACCGGACCGGCCAUCGGAGGAUAUCAUCAUUUUAG